AUGCAUCCGCACGAGGACGAGUACGAUCCAAGACUACGUUUUCAGCAGAAGUAUCAGUUCCCGGUGCCUGAUUUGCCAUCCGAUGACGAUGACGAGGACGAUUUGACUCCGCCUCCACCUCCGGCUUAUACAAUGGCUGGUACUUCCGGUGGUUCUACUUCUGUCCCAAAUCCAAGGUCCCGGCCCGGUCCGAAAAAAAAUCUUCCUACUCGACCGUGGAAGUUGAUUGGUGAGACACCCAGUGGACCAAAAUACCCUCAUUUGAUUCCGAGUUUUGGAGCCCAUAUUGCCUACGAUAUCUGGGAGGGAAAGGGCCGACAUAUGCUGAAGUUGCGGUCUCAUGCAGAGUCUACUUGGCCAGGCCCCGACGACUAUUAUUGUGUUUCACUACUGGAGAGUACGGGGUUGUAUCACUUGCGUUAUUGUUCGCUCCCUCAGCACAAAAACCCAUUGAUAGAGGCUUUUAUCGAGAGGUGGCAGCCAAACACCAACAACUUUCAUAUGCCGUUUGGAGAGAUGACAAUUACUCUCCAUGAUGCAGAUGCAAUUUAUGUAAGUGCGAGAGCGUUCGGUGUUGAGCUCCGAGAUAUGGAGAAGUGGUAUGGUGGCAGAUCCCGGUUAGAUGAUUUGGAGAGGAUGUAUGGCGACAAUUUUUCAUUUGCUUCCGAGUUUCGGAGUAGAUCGAAGGUGAAAGCAGAUUUUUUCCCACCUUUAGAGCACAUCGAUAUGAUUUCCGAGUAUUCCUGGGGUUCGGCUACGUUGGCCUAUUUGUAUCGACAAUUGGGCAUGGCUACGCAAGUUGAGGCAGCGCAAAUGGGUGGUUGUCUGACACUGUUAGAGGUGAUACAUCAUAUCCCUAAGGACGAGGAUAUACUUGUUGAUUAUCGUCAACGUAUUGAUUCUAUGAGUGCGUCAGAUACGCCAUUUGGAUUGAAUGUGUCACGUGAAGCUGAAAAGACGGUUCAUCACGGGACUAUUCGGUGGAUGGAUACGGUCGAGCCUUACAUGCCCGAUAGAGUUUUGCGUCAGUUUGGGUUUCGGCAGAUUAAACCGGCGGACCCUAUUCGUCCGCUAAAAGGUGCUAAGAGGGAGAGAAAAUUAGCAUCGUACAAAAUUAGCUACGAGCCUGGCGAUCGUACGUGGAAUAUCCCCCACACGCACAUGCUUAGUGAAGAUUAUUAUGGCCAUUGGGCGCGUCCGGCUUGGGAGUCAUCACCGGAGUAUUUGCCGUGGUAUCUCGACCACACCCACGUCCGUAUACAUCCUAGUACCGAGCCGGUUGAGAGAGCGGAACCAUCUGCAGUUUCGUUUGUGUACGACAUCACCCGAGUGUUGUAUCCCUACUUCUACGAUAACUUGCCUCCACCGACUAUUCCAGGAUAUCGACAGAUUGUCGAUGACUUAUUCAGAACGAUCCAGGACAUGUGCGCCCCAUUCGCUGAGUAUCUGCAGUUGGACCGUCCUGAUGCUUCUGACGAACAGGACGCAGGAUACUCUCAUAUGCGACAUUCUCAGCGCAGGCGCCGGACGAGAGAUACGUAG